AACGAAUGAAAGUAAAAUAACUUAUCUGGGACAUCAAUUCUUCAUUCAGUAUCAAAGACGUUGGUGCUAAAACAAUUCGGUUGAAAAUAUCAGAAUGUUCAAACUACUAGUCCUCCUCUCUGUAGUCUACUACACCCAUGCGUACUCCACUGGAGCGCCCCUAGAAGUAUGUGACGACAUGACACCAAAGCAUCCCUUUAAUCCACAGGCGUCAGAAAUCCCAUACAAGUUCGGUCUGAGCAAAAACGAAGUAAAAGGUGGAGAACAAGUAGAAAUCACCAUCAGUGGUCUAUUUAAAGGAUUAUUGCUAGAGGUUAGAGAAGGAGACAAAGCUGUUGGUGAGUGGGUUGUUGCAGAUAACGAUCCAAACUUCCAAACUCUUGACUGCCACAAGAAUAAGAACAGCGCAAUCACCCACAAAAAUGCUAAUGAUAAGUCUAAUGUAAAAUUAGUAUGGAAAGCACCUAACAAAGUAGGAAAAUAUGUCUUAUAUGCCACCGUUGCAGAAACUGGAGAAAGAUACUGGGCACGAAAACCUACCGAAGUCAUUAAUGUUUUCUAAAAAAUUUUAUGUUGUAAAUAUUUUAUUUUUAAUAAAAAUUAUUCAGAUGUGAUAUUUUAA